AUGGAUCGCAUCAAGGAGAAGAUGAACUCCCUCCGUCUGGAGGCCGACGAGUCUGCCGCCAAGGUUGAGGAGCUCCAGGCCAGAGUCAAGACGCUCGAGCAGGAGAACCUGGCCAAGGAGCAGGAGAUCACCUCCCUCCAGCACAAGAACGGCCUGCUCGAGGGCGAGGUCGAGAAGCUUGAGACUGCAGUUAAGGACUUCAAGAAGGCUGCCGACGAGAGCGCUGGUACUGGCACACAAAACGAGACUCUUCAGCGAAGACUCCAGCUCCUCGAGGAGGAGGCCGAGGAGGCGGACAAGACCCUUCGCGAAGCCAACGAGAAGUACGUUCUGGACCCUGUCAUCGAACCGCUCCGACAAACCGACGUCAAGGCCGGCCACUUCGAGCGCAAGGUCCAGGCUCUCGAGUCGGAGCGCGACCAGUGGGAGUCCAAGUACGAGGAGAUGUCCAAGAAGUACACCCAAGUCCAGAAGGAGCUCGAGGACUUCCAGAACGAGAUUGGCAACAUCUAA